UUGUACGUGAUCAUUCACAUUCAACUGUCGAAAAUACCAAAAAUGAGCUCCGAAACACAGGUCCGGACAUCUCAUCAACCCGCGAAAAAACUCCGAUCAUCAUGUGAUGCAUGUGGCUUUGCGAAAACGAAAUGCGACCGUGGCCAUCCACAGUGCACACGAUGCGUCUCUCUCAGUUUGACUUGUAUAUACGGACCAUCUAGACAGGUUGGCAAAAGACCCAGAAGGCGACUUGAUAUAGCUCGUGAUAACAAUACCAAUUCCGCGCAUAUUUCGGGGAACAGUCCGGCUUGCACAAUCACGACGCAUCCUCCCAAUGUCAGCAAUGGUGGUACGGAGUGUGGACCACAAUACUCCUCGACCGUUACCAUGUCCAGCAUAGAUGGCACAGUAGACACAAAUUUUGACAAUUUCUUAUCAACUGGAAAUGACAACUUCGAUCAGUUGAUGUUUCCUCCGACCCUUGACGGCUGGACCCCACCGCAACGGGAGCAACACUUCGACAAUUUUAACCCCAUCAUCACUCCAGAUAACGAUGUCAUCAUACCCACUACCCAAGAGGGACUGGAAAAUUUGGCCCCGACUCCGGCAGUUUCGGACAUCUCCGAAAAACAUCGAUGCUACCACGAACCGAACGAAAUCCUCCAAAGCUUGACGAUCACCAACAUCGACCUCGGUGACAAAGCAACCGGGCGGCCACCCAUGAACGUCCUACCUCUCCCACAAAUCCUACAUGCCAACAAAUCGGCCGUGGAAUCUUUCCAGCGCUUUCUAGACUGUAACUGUGGGCGAAGACGUCCAGAACUAGUCAUGCUACAAGCGUCCCUAGUAUCAAGAGUCCUAUUCUUCUAUCGAGAAGCAGCCGGUUUCGCGGUCAAAGAAAUGGAUCGCGCCGGCGCAAGAAAUGACAACGAGAAAACCGGGAGAAAAAAUGACACAACUCCGCCGUCUUCAACCUCGUCAUCGCCUCCUCCGGGAUCAACGACUCCAACUGCCUCACCUCCCACUACGAUAACGACCUCAACUCCACCAUCACCCCAGCCCCUCCCCAAAACAUAUUCACAGUCGUGCUUUACCAUCACCGACCCUCCCUUCCGAAUAGGCACCUUUGACAUCGAACAUCCGGGCAUCCAAUUUGCCUUUCGCAAUCAGCUCAUCGCAUCGGAGGUGCGGAAAGUCCUGCCCAUAGUGUCGGGAUUUGCCGCGCUAGGAAAAGAGGACUCCAUGGAUAAAGUAGUAGAUGGGGCCGAUCAUAGAGCUAUGUUCUCGAGUGUGGGUUCAUGGUUGGAAAGCGAGUACCGGCGGACAGUGGAGGUUUUUAGAGGGGCUUGCACAGGGAUGGGGAGGGCGAUGCACAAUAAGAAAUUUAUCAGAGAAAGACCAAGCCAAGUGAAGAGAAGGUCCCCUCAUCCACCUCCAACACUGCCAAUCGAUUACAGCAGCAUCUAUUCAUACUCCCCUACACAAUAAUACCAUCAACCCCAUUCCCUCAAAUUCUCACAUCACAUCCAAACUACCCAUCUCCGACCAACACAAAAUGCCACAUCACCCCUCCACCCGCGUUCCCACAUCCCCGACAAGAAACGGUACCACAACAUCUCGCUAAACACACAUGUAACCUGUCACUCCCUUCU